UAGCAAAACACUUGUAAUUCGUCGAACUGACUACCAUAUUAAAAAGCAUCGGGUUGACUUUUGAAAGUGGCUCAUUAAAACAAGUAUAUAUCAAAUAAAGUUCGUGUGUACAAUAAAAAUAAUGGCCGAUUCUUCGGGUUACAGAAGUACGCUGUACUCAGACCUUUCAAAAACUGUAUUUCGUUAUUAAUUUAUUUCUUUCUCUUUUUCUCUUUCUCUCUCCUUUUAAGAAACAUGGUUCUUUCAGCUUACAUCAAAAAAAUAGUCGAGGAUACUAUUCAGAAACAUAGCCAAGAGCUUCGAACCAUUAGUCUUGAGAUACAUGAUCAUCCUGAACAAGGCAAUCAGGAGUUCAUUGCUUUCAAGCUUCUGACUGAAUACAUGGAGAAGCAUGGCUUCAAAGUGACUCGUGGUGUUGUUGGAUUAGAGACUGCCUUUAUUGCUGAAUACUCCAAUGGAAAGAACGGACGUCGUAUAGGUUUUUGCAGUGAAUAUGAUGCAUUACCAAAUAUCGGUCACGGUUGCGGUCACAAUUUAAUUGCUGUUCAAGGAGUUGCUUGUGCAUUAGCAGUAAAGACAUUACUGGAAAAGAAUCUUAUCUCAGGGUCAGUUACCUUAUUUGGUACACCAGCAGAGGAAUCGACAUGCAGUAAGAUUACCUUGGUAAAAGAGAACAUAGUUCAAGACCGUGUUGAUUUCGCCAUGAUGCUGCAUCCUAGUGCUGUAGAUGCAGUCUUUUCGAAAACAUUAGCCUUGGAUCAAGUGGUAAUUGAAUUCUUUGGCAAGGCAAGUCAUGCAGGUGCCUCACCUUGGGAAGGUAUCAAUGCAUUAGAUGCUUUGAUGCAGGGAUUUGACAACACUGCCAUGUUGAGGCAGCAAACACUUCCCACCAACAGAAUACAUGGCAUUAUCAAACAUGGCGGUAACUCAGCCAAUGUUAUUCCUGAUCACGCGUCUGCUCACUUCUUUGUUCGUGCCCUCACGCGUACUGAAUUAAGUAACCUCAAGUCAAAACUCGAAAACUGCUUCAAGGCUGCAGCUAUUGCUACAGGAUGUACUGUCAAGUUUACAUGGGCACCUCAAGGCCAGAUUGAUGAUUUAUUCAAUAAUGAAAUCUUUGGUCUGAGAUAUAUUGAAUAUAUGAAAGAAAAGGGGGUUGAUAUCCCUUUGACUAUACCAGAAGAUGCUGGUGUUAUGGCAAGUACAGAUAUGGGUAAUAUCAGUUAUGCUGUGCCUAGCCUUCAUCCAACCUACAGUAUCGGUUCCAAAGCGUUCAAUCACACAGCUGAAUUUACAACAGCAGCAGGAACCUUGAUAGCACAUGAAAAGGCCAUGACAUCUGCUGUCUGCCUUGCUAUGACAGCUGUUGAUGCUUCCUUGGAUUCGACAUUCUUUGAACAAGCAGUCGAGUCAUUCAAGAAAGGAAAGCAGCAGUAAUUUGUUAGUUCAUAACCGGUUUAGUGUAACAUUAAUUUCGCAUUUAGACAAUAAAUGUGUAUUUUUUCCCUUUUUCUUUUUUCUUUUCUUCUU